AUGAGCAGAGGAGAGCUUCCACGUCUGACAGAAGUUGACAGGGACAAGAGAAGUCAAGAGGAACCAGCGGGUAAUCAAGAGGAACCAGCGGGUAAUCAAGAGGAACCAGCGAGUAAUCAAGAGGAACCAGAGAGUAAUCAAGAGGAACCAGCGGGUAAUCAAGAGGAACCAGCGGGUAAUCAAGAGGAACCAGAGAGUAAUCAAGAGGAACCAGCGGGUAAUCAAGAGGAACCAGCGGGUAAUCAAGAGGAACCAGAGAGUAAUCAAGAGGAACCAGCGGGUAAUCAAGAGGAACCAGCGAGUAAUCAAGAGGAACCAGCGGGUAAUCAAGAGGAACCAGAGAGUAAUCAAGAGGAACCAGCGAGUAAUCAAGAGGAACCAGCGAGUAAUCAAGAGGAACCAGCGAGUAAUCAAGAGGAACCAGCGAGUAAUCAAGAGGAACCAGCGAGUAAUCAAGAGGAACCAGAGAGUAAUCAAGAGGAACCAGAGAGUAAUCAAGAGGAACCAGCGAGUAAUCAAGAGGAACCAGAGAGUAAUCAAGAGGAACCAGAGAGUAAUCAAGAGGAACCAGCGAGUAAUCAAGAGGAACCAGACAGCAGUUAA